AUGACCACCCAACCACCCACCCUCCCCAAAACAAUGCACGGCGUCCUCCUAACCGGCCACGGCGGCCUCGAGAAACUAUCGUACCGCACCGACCUCCCCAUCCCCACGAUUGCCCCCAACGAAGUUCUAAUCCGCGUCACCGCCGCCGGCAUCAACAACACCGACAUCAACACUCGCAUCGGCUGGUACUCCAAAAGCGUCACGAGCAGCACCUCAGCCGCCUCAAACCCCCAAACCCAAUCACCCUCCUCCACCUCCAACGAAGACGCAAGCUGGACCGGCGCCCCCCUGCAAUUCCCCCGCAUCCAAGGCGCAGACUGCUGCGGCUACAUCGCCGCCGUGGGCACCAACGUGGACGCUUCGCGUAUCGGCGAGCGCGUCCUCGUGCGCAACAUGCUGCGUUCGUACGUCGACUACCGGCCCUUCGAGUGCUGGACGCUGGGCUCCGAGUGCGACGGCGCGUUUGCGCAGUAUAUGAAGGCGCCGGCUGCUGAGACGUAUAGAGUGGAGUGUGCGUGGUCGGAUGUAGAGUUGGGGAGCGUGCCGUGUGCGUUUUCUACUGCGGAGGGGAUGCUGCAUAGGAGUAAAGUUGUUCAUGGCGAGUGCGUGCUUGUUACGGGUGCGGGCGGUGGGGUUGGGGCUGCGGCUGUGCAGUUGGCGAAGAGGAGGGGCGCGAGGGUCGUUGCUGUUGCGGGGAGGGAGAAGAUGGAGGGGUUGUUGGCGUUGGGUGCUGACGAGGUUGUUCCCCGUGGAGACAGUUUGGUGGAGAAACUGGAUGCCAUGAGCGUGGACGUCGUGCUGGAUGUUGUUGCUGGGCCGGCGUUUUCGGAGCUCCUGCAUGUGCUGAAGAAGGGAGGGCGGUAUGCGACUGCGGGAGCUAUAGCUGGGCCGAUUGUCGAGCUGGAUGUUAGGACGUUGUACUUGAAGGAUUUGAGCUUCUUUGGGUGCGCGUUUCAGGACGACGAGGUGUUUGAGAAUCUUGUUGGGUAUAUUGAGAGGGGCGAGAUCAAGCCGCAUGUUGGGCAGGUGUUUAAGCUUAGGGAUAUCGCGAAGGCGCAGGAGGUAUUCCAGAUGAAGACUACGAGCGGGAAGUUGGUGCUGGAGGUAGAGUAG